GUACAGUUAGCUACACUGAGAGAUUGUAUGGAAUUGCAGACGAGAUUGUUGUGAAGGAAUAGAGAGAAUCUUCCCCAAAUUCUAGGGUUCUCUGCUUUCUAAUUGGCUUUCUUUUUCUUCUCCUCUAGCUCGAACCUUGGAAAUUUGAGGCAUGCAGCCAAAUGUUGAAUCUGAAAACCGAAUACCUGCUGAUCAUCAUACCAUUCCACCACCCACUGUUUCUUCGGAACCUUGGUGGCGCACAGUUGGGUAUAACCCCACCUCCCCAACUGUGACAGGGAGAAAUGUUUCCAAUUCAUCUUCUUUUGAGCGCCAAAAAAGUCAUUCAGAAUCCAGUGAAUAUAAAUCUGUUUCUGAUGAUGGAUCAAAUGAGGAUGAUGAUAACACGAAAGAGUCACAAAUGACAUCUCAGUCAGAUGGAAAUAAAAACCAGGAUUUGCAUCUUGGUUCGUCCUCUGUUCCUACAGUGCAUGAUGACGGCGUUGCUCAGCCACCACAGCUUGAACUUAUUGGUCACUCUAUCGCUUGUGCCUCAAAUCCUUACCAGGAUCCAUAUUAUGCAGGAAUGAUGGCGGCUUAUGGACAUCAGCCCUUGGGUUAUCCUCCUUUUGUUGGAAUGCCACAUGCUAGAAUGCCAUUACCUCUUGAGAUGGCACAGGAGCCUGUAUAUGUCAAUGCUAAACAAUACCAAGGGAUUCUACGGCGAAGACAGGCACGUGCAAAAGCAGAACUUGAAAAGAAGCUAAUCAAAGUCAGAAAGCCAUAUCUGCAUGAAUCACGACAUCAACAUGCUAUGAGAAGGGUAAGAGGUACUGGAGGACGUUUUGCAAAGAAGACAACUGGUGAUACAUCAAAGACGACUGGCCAAGAAAAGGCAUCACAUUCAUCACAGUCUACCAGUUCAUCGGGCUCGGAACCCUUACCCUCAGAUUCUGCAGAAACAUGGAACUCUUCCUCUAGUCAACAGGAAGCUGGUCGACCUAAAGGCCAUGAUGCAUAUGCCACUAACAAUUUAGUAAAUGGUAGUGUAUGCUAUCAGACUCAUGGUGGCUUGCAGGCAUCAUUGUAUCGUUCGUAUUCAGGGAAAAGAUCCGAUGAAGGAGACUGCACAGGCCAGCAAAGGGGAAGUAUAUCUUCAAAUCAGGGUUCACAGAGGCGUCUUGCCAUCCAGUGAAACCAUGGGAGGUGGAUGCCGGGUUGAGACUCCGACUCCUUUGAGAUUAGGCGUGAUGCCCCCCACCCCAAUCUGUUGACGAGGCAAUUCAUUCUUGGCUUCUUUUUUUUCUUGUGACGUGGAUAAAAAUGGAAGUCUGUGAAGUGGUUUGUUGCUUCACUAUAUUCCCAUUUUUACCGAGUGUACAGAUCAGUUUUCAGUAUAUUUAAGUACAUAUCAGAGACGAGAAGUCUAUAGUAAUAGUGUCCCAGGCUAAUGGUUCAUCUUGUGUAAUAUGUUUGCCGCACUUGUUUUCUGACAGGAGAAGGUCUGAAUUUGAACUCUCAAGUCUCAAUGUUCCUUGUUCA